UUUGAAAAUUAAUCUAAAAGAACAAACGGUGCAUUGUGAUUGGUCCUUUGAAAUGCAUAUGCGCAAUGUAACGUUUUUUGGAAUUUAAAUUUUAUUGUUAUAAUUUUGUUAAAAUUUUGUUAGAAGUGACAAAAAUGUUUUUUUCACAAUUUUCAUUAUUCUUAUCAGAAUGAUAAAUAUUCAGUUAAUUUAAAUAUAGUGGAUUUAAAUAUUGAAGUAAUAAUUACCGAUUGUUGCUAAACAAAAAAAAACAAAAGAAUAUAAUGUUUAAUGUUGUUCGUAAUAUGUUUCAAAAGAUGAAUAAUUAUUGCAAAACACAAUUAAUUUACGAUUACGAAGCCGAAAAUAAGCGAGCUCUUAUAAUCAAACCAUGGCAGAUCGAGAAUUUCUUUAAAUUAAUCGACGAAGAUUUAGUGGAAUUUUUAAAGUACGACAAAUGUUAUCGAUUAGCUGAUAAUUAUCUCAUAGCAAUGGUUUUCGUCUAUUUUAUAAGAGCUGAUCUGCCAGUCGAUGAUUACACUGUUAUUAAUUUUCUCAUUGCGUUAUAUUUAGCAUUGGCUAUGGAAGAAGACGACGAGGAACUUCUUCAGGACAUCGAAAAUUGGUUGGAAUCCGCAGACGAAACAUUGAACAUUUUUCAAAAGCACAAAUUUUUCUUUCAACAAAUUGAAUAUCGAGGAGCAAUUUCGCGAUCGUGCUGUGAAAAUGUAAUGCGAAAGAUAAAUCCAAAUCACGAAAUUUGGAAGAGACAGAGACACGUUAAUCAUUCCGGUGCAGUCAGAGAUUCGAAAAGACGAAGAAUUCGUUGUCCGAGAUGUCGUUAACUUUUCCAUUGAAUCAAAACGAAAACUAAAUCAGUAUUUAUAAAGAGAAUUCAAAAGCUUUAUCCUUAGAACUGUAGAAGAAGAAAAAAAUAGAAAAUUCUCUAUUAUCAAUAUAUAUUUAUAUUAUAUAUUACACGAUUUAUUGUUCUAUUAUAAAAGUACAAUAACACAUGUAUUUUAAUAUCAUAAUAAUUUGUGAUGGAAAUUUGACAAAAAUAAAUGUCACUUUUUAAUAGACGCACGAUUAUUCUUUUAAUUAGACACUAAAUUCAGAAUAAUUCAAGUUUACAUUUUUCUAGUCCUAAUGAAAACUCUUCGAUUUUCACAUAAACCAAUUUUUUUCAUUCUCUUUUUUAAGGAAAAAAAAAAAUUCUUUUCUUAUAUGAAAAAAUAAGAAUAAUUUACGAUUUCAAGAUCUUUUUUCUCACUCCCCCCC